GAUCUGAUUUGUAAUUUUCUCGCUGGACUCCACAAGCAGCUUGAUAGCGUCAGACGGGAACGUGGAGGCCUUGAUGCUUUUCUGCUUGACCAGGAGGAUGCUGCAUCGCGUGAAGCCUAUCUUACUAUCAUGUCGCAACCACUGCGACAACCGCUACGAUACAAGCGACGUCGUCACUUAGCCGAGAAACCAUCGCAUCACAGGCAUCAUCGCAACCAUCAUCAAUCUUCAAAAGCUGCAAAUCCUGCUGUACCAUCUAUUUUCGAUUCACAGUUCUUCAGCGAUAACUUUUACAAGCAUUUCCUAAAAAUGUAUGCUCAGUGA